CCUCUUCAGAGAGUCUGCAAGCCCCACGGACGGACAGGUCCCUGCCACACUUGGGGCAGCACCGGUGGCUGACUGCGUUGGAGUCCAAAUCGGCAGCUGGCACCAUGGCGAGCGACGACAGCAGCGUUCAGGACCUGCUGGAUCUCAGCUUCCAGUCUCUGGCUUCGAAGCACAUGGACCUCAAACAGAUGGAGCUGGACACGGCAGCCGCCAAGGUGGACGAACUCUCCAAACAGCUGCAGUCGCUCUGGACGGCCAGCCCUGGCCAAGCGUCCACGCAGUUCAAGGCGGUGGACAGAUACAGCGCCAGCCCGUCGCAAGAGCUGCUGGGCAGGAUGAGCCCCGUCUCCACCUCGUUGCACCAGCUCCCUCGAAAGAACACUUCCUGGGAGGCCGCGGACAGCUGCCACAGCUCCUCCUUCGGCGAGGGCUCGCCCAGUUUCUCCCACGGCUCACCGUUUAGCUCCUCGCCUGGUCAGCUCCUCACAAGCAUGUCCCCGCUGGGCCGCCCCACCUCGCCACGGCCUUCUUUCUUCCUGCAGUCCGACCUGGAUCGGGCCCCAGCCUCCAGGCCCAAGGUGCUGCCCGUCCCUUACGAGAUGCAGCCCAGCCCCACAGCCCACACGGGCUCCCCUCGCUCCCUCCGGCCUUCCGGCUCCAUGGAACGCCAGUACGAAUACAAGCCCUUCGCUGGACCUGCGGUGGGGCGAGCUAGCUCUCCGCGGCUGCUCCCGGAAGGCCCCAUGGCGCCGGCGUUCUUCCCGGACCGAGGGCCCUCACCACGGCCUCCUCUGCCACCGCCGUACGAGAGCCACAGCCUGUAUCCCUCCGCGCCCAGCAACUUUGCACCGUUCCGGGCUCAAGACGACCUGGUGAUCCGGAGGAGGUCGCAGAAAGGAUGGAAUGAGUCUGACCUGGACGUGGCUUAUGAAAAGAAGCCACCCCACUCCCUUGGCUAUGAGAGAGGAGACGCUCACGUGGGCCUUCGCCAGAGCGCGGCGGGGCUGCCCCUGGCGCCCUGGAGGGAAUCCAGUUUAGAUGGGGCCAUCGGACAAGGCAAAGAGGACCUCUACGGCAUGCACAGCGCCACCCUGCCCAGGAACUACAAGGUCUCCGGGCUGGCCCAUGAGCGGCGCCAGGAGGGCGCCUUCCGCCGGCCCUUCCCUGCCAACCAGACGGGCACCUUGCCCCGGAACUGGCAGCCCGUUUCUCGCAUCCCCAUGCCGCCUCCGAACCCCCAGGGCAACUUGCCCAAGCGCCACAAGCCGCUGCCCCUCUCCAUGAUCUUCCGGCUGCAGAACGCGUUCUGGGAGUACGGCGCAUCCGGCAACAAGUUCCCACUCUCUCAGGGGCCGCCCGGGUCUCCGCUUUUCCUCCGGUCCCUGCAGAAGCAGAUGCUGCAGCAGCCCCUUGGCCAAGCCCAGCAUCACGUCCGGAUGAGCCCGUCUGGAAGCGAAGGAAACGGCAUCUCCCGGGCUGCAGGGCUGCCGGCCGAGCCUGUCCGCGUGGUCCCGAUCGUCUUGAUGGGAGAGCAGGAGCCAGAACUGGAGAAUCUCCUGCCGGGCAGCGAGCCGGCAGAGAUGGAGGAGCUGGCCCGGCCCCUGAGUCCCACCCGGCUGCAGCCUGUGCUGCCGCCCGAAGCCCAGAAAGUGCCCGAGUUCGAGGAGGUGGCGCGGGUCUUGGCGGAGAUGCCCCGGCCCCUGAAGCGCCGCGGCUCCAUGGAGCAGAGCCCGAGCCCGGCACUGCCCCCCACCCACAAGAAGCAAUACCAGCAGAUCAUCAGCCGUCUCUUCCACCCCCGCAAAGAGGAGGCCGUCCCCAUGGGGGAAUCCCCCGCCCAGACUGACCUGGCCCCCAUCAACGAGGGCGCAGAGCAGAAGGCCGUGGCCUCCGUGGCCUCCGUGGCUCUGGCCACCCCAACCUCCACGCCCCUUCCGCCGCCUCCAGACAGUCCCGCAGCGCUUUCUCCCCUGCCCAGCCUGGAGAAACGCUCCGCCCUGCGCAAAGCAUCCUCCCCGCUGAAGCGGCUGACCAUGAGGGCCCGGCUCAAUCCCUUGGUCCUGCUCCUCGACGCGGCUCUGACCGGAGAGUUGGACGUGGUGAAGGAGGCUGUGAAGGAGCUGAAUGACCCGAGCCAGCCGAAUGACGAGGGCAUCACCGCGCUCCACAACGCCAUCUGUGGCGCCAACUACAACAUCGUGGACUUCCUCAUCAACAUCGGGGCCAACGUCAACUCCCCUGACAGUCAUGGAUGGACCCCCUUGCACUGUGCCGCCUCCUGCAACGACACGGCCAUCUGCGUUGCCCUGGUCAAGCACGGGGCGGCCAUCUUUGCCACCACCUUCAGCGACGGGAGCAUGGCCAUUGAGAAGUGUGACCCCUACCGCGACGGCUACAGCGACUGCUUCAGCUACCUUGCAGACGUCGAGCAGAACAUGGGCCUGAUGAACAACGGGGUGGUGUACGCCCUGUGGGACUACAGUGCCGAGUUCAGCGACGAGUUGUCCUUCCGUGAGGGCGAGCCGGUCACCGUGCUGCGUCGCGACGGCCAGGAGGAGACGGACUGGUGGUGGGCCUCUCUCUAUGGGCAGGAGGGCUACGUGCCCAAGAACUACUUUGGGCUCUUCCCCAGGGUGAGGCCCCAACACCGAAAGGCGUGACGUUUCAGAGGCGGGAGCUCCUGCACUGCCAUUCCUGGAGGAACCUGAGGAGCAUGUCUGGACAGGAGCCCGGCGGGUUCGGCGGUUUCCUGCUGUGGCGGCUGCGUCACCUGCCUGCCUGGGAAGGGCUGCUUGUGGACCUGGCGUCUG